AUGCCUUUCGCCUAUAAUCCCGACAAAGAUAUCCCCGAUCUGACGGGAAAGUCUAUAUUCAUUACAGGAGGAACCGGUGGUCUAGGCGCAGCAUCAGCACUCCACCUCGCCAAGCACAACCCAUCACAUAUCUACCUCAGCGGCCGCAAUGCUACGAGCGCAGAAAAAAUGAUCAAACAAAUCCACGAAAUGAAUCCCAAGCUUGUAGUCACAUUCAUACAAUUCGACCUGGCCUCCUUGACCUCCGUAAAAAAUGCCAUUGAGCAUUUCACUAGCCAACACUCAACCCUAGACAUCAUAAUGUGCAAUGCCGGGAUAAUGGCCCAAUCACCGAGCCAAACAGUCGAUGGCUACGAGCUGCAAUUCGGCACCAACCACCUCGGCCAUGCCUUGCUAAUAAAAAAGCUCCUACCCCUCCUCGAAACGUCCACCGACCCGCGCAUCGUCCUCCUCACUUCACAGGGAUGGGGGCUGCACCCGCGUGGCGGAAUCAUCUUUGACAAGCUCAAUACGACACAGGAUAUUGCGUUUGGCGGGCCGUGGGUGCGGUAUGGACAGAGUAAGCUGGCUAAUUUGGUAUAUGCACGCGAGCUCGAGAAGAGGUUUCCGGCUAUCACAUCGGUGUCGGUGCAUCCUGGUGUUGUGGGGACAGGUCUUGUUACUGGGCUUGGGAUUAAGGAGAAGAUGCUUGUUUAUGCGACUACUUGGUGGAUGAUGCUGCAGCCGUAUGAGGGUGCGUUUAGUCAGACUUGGGCGGCUACCGUGGAUAAGGCGGAGAUUCGGAAUGGCGGGUACUAUGAACCUGUUGGGAAGUUGAUGGACAGGAAGCUUGAUGCGACGGCGAGGGAUGGAGUCCUUGCGGAAAGGUUGUGGGAUUGGACUGAGGAGGCUUUGAAGGGAUUUUGA